AUGAGUUUGGAAAAGGGACGAUAUCCGUUCAUAGUGACAAACGCGAAAAGUCGAAAUCAAAGAAACGCCAAAAACCAGGUUCAACAAAUGACAGCAAGUACAACUAGGAAACCGGAUUGUCAAGGCAUUUGUGAGCUUGUAGGCGUGUCGUUCGAGUCGCGCGCGCAAGCAAACGUUGCGAGGGUGGUAAAAAGCCCGAAAAAGCAGGCUAUACUGGUCGAGAACGAGGUACAUUUACAUCCAGACAUGUCUGACGAGGAGAUGCUGGAGACAGACGGCAGUUCCGCGAGUAGUCGCGCGAGCAGUCGUGCCAGCAGCAAGAGCAGCGGCAGGUGUAGCGGCAGCGGGCAUAAGAACGUUUUACAGUUUGUUGGAUCAAAGAAACACGGCGGCGAGAACGCGCCUGGGCUGACCAGAAGCGCAGGCACUCUCAAUCUGUUGCUUGGCCGGGACGCCGAGGUUCCGACGAUCAAUGAGUACAUGGACAGCUGGAGUCCUUUCAAAGAACGGCCCGAGAGUCAGGGCAAUCUGAAGCGGUCUGCGAGCAGAAGUGAGCUUUCGCCCUUCGUGAACGACCCGGACAUCCUCAGACGAUGGGUGUACAAGAAACGGGACGACCAACCCGUAGACGCGGUCAGCUCAACUCCUGGAGCCUCUGCACACAUGUCGAAGCACCGCAAGACGCUCGACAGGUCAUUUUCCGCAGCCAAGCCAGACCAGGUUGCGUUUACGUCGUCAGGCCUCGUAUCCAAGAUGAGAUCGAACCUGCUUCCACCCAAGAUUAACACACCGGAGACACCGGUGAAAAAAUCGCCCUUAUCGAGAGACACGGAGAAUUUGUCGUUACAGGACUCUCCGGUGCACUUUAAUUCAUUUGUUUCUGGUAUUUUCGACUCCACGCUGGCAUCGCCGCUGGGUACCGCUUCUAGUAGGUUCCAAACAACGAACAUGACCACUGCAUCGCUCACGUCCAUCAAAUCAAGGAAAACAAAGGCUUCCAGGGUCCUCAACAACAACGUUUUGACGGAUACAUUGCAACAGUUUACCGACGAACUCUACGGAAUUUACGAUGAGGGUUCUUUCUUUUCCGACUAUGCGCCACCCACGGCGCCGGCCAUAUCUGUCACGUUAGACCCUGGCAGUCCCUUGCAUAACACACCGACAAAAUCGCAUUCUUUCACGCAGCCCUCCUCCUCUUCGGCUGGCAUGCAUAGAUCCCACAGAUCCAUAAACGCAAAGGUGAAUCGCGCCUCAUCUUCGGCGUCUCCGUCCCGCGAAACCUCGCAGACGAACCCAGAUUCUCAUCUCGCGACCAAAUUCAGCAAUGUGGGUACCAUUGGAUCGGGUCAAUUUUCCGAAGUGUAUCAGGUAACUUUUCUGCCGACCAACACCCGAUACGCGGUCAAGAGCAUGCGGCCCAAUAAAUACAAUUCCACAAAACGCAUCUUACAAGAAAUCAAAAUACUGUCCGAGAUAAGUGAGACCACUUUAGAUCACGAGGGUAAAGAAUACGUGCUCAACUUCAUAAGCUCCUGGACGUACGGGGGGUUUUACUAUGUGAUGACAGAAUUCUGCGAAAAUGGCAAUCUGGAUAAGUUCCUGCAAGAACAAGUUUCCAAAAAGAAGACAAGGCUCGAAGACUGGCGAAUAUGGAAAAUUAUCAUUGAGCUAUGUCUUGCGCUCAGAUUCAUUCACGAAUCCUGCCAGAUAGCGCAUCUGGAUCUUAAGCCCGCCAACGUUCUCAUCACAUUCGAGGGUAAUCUAAAAUUAGGAGAUUUUGGUAUAGCGACAAAAUUGCCCGUGCAAGACGUCGGGUUUGAGAACGAAGGCGAUCGAGAGUACAUUGCCCCAGAGAUCAUAUCUGAGGGCAUCUACGAUUUUCGUGCUGACAUCUUUUCGCUUGGUCUCAUGAUCGUCGAGAUUGCUGCCAAUGUUGUAUUGCCGGACAAUGGUCACGCUUGGCAUAAGCUCAGAUCCGGCGACCUUUCAGAUGCUGGAAAUCUCAGUUCUGCGGAAAUUCACUCUGAGUCUCUCUUCUCAGAAACCAAGACCAGUACCAUGGGGACCAAUGUUCAUUCCGGCGAAGUGUCCGAUAAACUUGACCUCAGACUGGACCAAGUAUCCAAAAUACCUGCCUGGGUUCCAAAAUUUCUUAUUGACGGAGUGUCGCUCGAGAAAAUGGUACGACGAAUGAUACAACCGAACUACACUAAGCGGCCUACUGCUGACGAAAUUUUGCAUACAGAGGAAUGCGAGUACGUGGAAAUGACCCGGAAGGCCGGUGCCAUUAUUCAAGAAGAUGAUUUUGGUCCCAAGCCUGACCUGUUUAUGGAAACUUCCGAUAAAUGUGCUUCCCGCUAA